CGCUUUUCCUCUAAAUACCACAAAAACAGACGACGGACGAUGGCCGGUGCUCUACCAAAUGCGAAGAGGAACUUGCCAAAGAUUGCUGAUGAGGACCGCGAGAGCAGGUUCGGUCAGGUCUUUGGUGUAUCGGGUCCUGUCGUGAUUGCAGAGAACAUGACCGGUUCGGCCAUGUACGAGCUUGUCCGGGUGGGACACGACGAGCUUGUGGGUGAGGUCAUUCGAAUCGAUGCGGACAAGGCGACUAUCCAGGUAUACGAGGAGACUUCGGGCGUUACUGUAGGCGACCCUGUCUUGAGGACAGGAAAGCCUCUCAGUGUUGAGCUCGGUCCUGGUUUGAUGGGCAACAUUGUCGAUGGUAUUCAAAGACCGCUUCGUGGUAUCCAAGAACUUUCCAAGUCUAUCUACAUUCCCCGCGGUAUCAACACCGAAGCUCUUGACCGCUCCCUCGAGUGGGAUUUCACCCCUACCGACGUGAAGAUCGGAGACCACCUCUCUGGUGGAGAUAUCUUCGGUCGCGUAUAUGAGAACUCCCUUGUCGAUGCUCACAAGAUCAUGAUGUCACCACGCGCCAUGGGCACCAUUACACAUAUCGCAGAGAAGGGCAGCUACCACGUCGAUGAUAUCGUUUUGGAAACCGAGUUUGAAGGCAAGACGACGAAACACACCAUGAUGCAGCUUUGGCCUGUCCGUGCACCUCGUCCUGUGGCCGAAAAGCACACAGCAGAUCACCCCCUGACCACCGGCCAACGUAUUCUCGAUGCUCUCUUCCCAUGUGUCCAAGGUGGAACGACUGCUAUUCCUGGCGCUUUCGGUUGUGGAAAGACCGUCAUCUCGCAAGCUCUUUCGAAGUUCUCAAACAGCGACAUCAUUAUCUACGUCGGAUGUGGUGAGCGAGGAAACGAGAUGGCUGAAGUCUUGAUGGAGUUCCCCGAACUCACCAUGGAAGUCGGCGACCGUCAAGAGCCAAUCAUGAAACGCACCACCCUCGUCGCCAACACCUCCAACAUGCCCGUCGCCGCUCGUGAAGCCUCCAUCUACACCGGUAUCACCCUCGCCGAAUACUUCCGUGACCAAGGCUCCAACGUCUCCAUGAUGGCCGACUCGACCUCCCGUUGGGCUGAGGCUCUUCGUGAAAUUUCCGGUCGCCUGGCUGAGAUGCCUGCUGAUUCCGGUUACCCCGCCUACUUGGGUACGAAGCUCGCCAGUUUCUACGAGCGUGCGGGUAAGGUCACCGCUCUGGGUAAUCCCGUUCGUCAGGGUACCGUCUCCAUCGUCGGCGCCGUGUCGCCUCCAGGUGGUGACUUCUCCGACCCUGUCACGUCCUCCACGCUCGGUAUCGUGCAAGUCUUCUGGGGUCUCGACAAGAAGCUCGCCCAACGGAAACAUUUCCCCUCCGUCAACUGGAACGUCUCCUACUCCAAGUACACCAAAGUCCUUGAACCGUACUACGAGGCCACCGAACCCGGCUUCGUCGACCUGCGCACGAAGACGAAGGAGAUCCUGCAAAAGGAGGACGAUCUUGCCGAAAUCGUGCAGCUGGUCGGGAAGAGCGCGUUGGGCGAGAACGACAAGAUCACGCUGGAGGUGGCGAGGAUGCUGAAGGACGACUUUUUGCAGCAGAACGGGAUGAGCGAGUAUGAUCGUUACUGUCCGUUCUACAAGACGAGCGCGAUGUUGAGGAACUUCGUCGGGUUCCAUGAGGCGGCACAGAAGGCGGUGUCCCAGGGGGAUAUAACGUUUGCGAAGAUUAAGGAGUCGGCGAGCGAUGUGAUGUUCAAGUUGUCGCAGAUGAAGUUUGAGUCCCCAUCACAAGGCCAAGAGUCUAUAAAGAAGAACCUCGAUGCGCUCCAUGCCGAGAUCCAGGACAAGUUCAGACAACUCGCUGAGUAGAACCUGAGCGAUGCUCUGGAUGGGUUUUAAACUCGCGGAGGACGGAUCCAGGAGGAAGGAUGAGAGAAGUAUUUUCACGCUUUUUACCCGUGGCCUGUCGUGCAUCAUGUAGCUUAGCGGCCCCGGCUAAUGUCGUUCACGAGGAUUUGGACUAUCGUAUCAUGAAGAUUACUGUUCCUU